AUGUUGGCACGUCUUUUCAACGUGGACGACAGCGGACAUGGCGGCGCCUCGGAUUUUUAUUUUCGUGUGAAGGAUGUUGCACGCAAUUCUUGCUGUGUUCUUCGAAAAAAGGCUUUCUCGUCACCUACGGAAAUCUGUGCGAACACGAACGAAGACGUCCAUGUUGUCCGAGACCUAGUACUCGUCGAUGAAUCAGUACAGAAGCGUCGCAGCAGCAGUCAGAACCAGAAGCAGGAGUGUCUAAUUACAUUCAUUCACUCUGCGCAUUGUACGCCUGGGUCUCGGCCUGCAAUGGUGUGCAUGAGUUAGUUUUUUUCUCUUUCUGCUGUUCGAUCUGGACCUGUUUGUCGUAU